UAUCACCACCCACCACUAGCCACCAUCCCCGCAGCAUGGCGCUCCACUCGUACACUCUGCUGACGCUGGUGACCCUAGCGGCUCUGGUCGCAGCGAGAGCGCGCACCGACGAAGUCCUCGCUGACAGCGAACUCGUUGUUACGGUCUUGAUUCACCGGCACGGAGACCGCACGCCCGUGCAGGGCUCGCUAGAGUUGAGUAACGACGUGGACGCACUGCGAAAGGCCUCCGAGCCCUACGGCUACGGACAACUCACCAAUGUGGGCAAGCAGACCGCGUACCGGCUCGGACAGUCCAUCAGCAAGCGUUACGGCAGUCUCAUUUCCGCGCAUUACAACUCGUCCGAGAUCUACAUCCGCUCGACGGACUCCACGCGCGCCAAGAUGACCGUGCUCACCGCCAUGGCCGCUGUGUACCCCGCCGGUGAUGACAACUGGAGCGCCUCUCUCCCCUGGCAGCCCACCCCCUACACUACGGUGCCCGUAAGAUAUGACCCCAACCUCGCAACGUUAAAUUGUCCCACGUUCAAGAAAGCUUUCGCCAGCAAGAUGUUGUCGACCUCACCGGCGAUAGAGCGCUACACAGACGUGCUGAACCAGUGGUCGGAGCUGGUCGGGUUCAACAUCUCCGCCGCGCCCGUGCUCGCCUAUUCUUUGUACGACAUUUACAAAAGUCAGAUCAGCCUCGGCGUGCCGCUGACCGAGGAGUUGCAGGCGCUGCUGCCGGAAAUCAAGGAAAUCGCUGGCGCAGCCAUGGACAUCUUAUUGGGUGAUGACGACUACGUGGCGCUGGGGGCCGGUGUGUACAUGAACGACGUCAUCACGGCGAUGACCUCGGCAGCAAGCGGCGACGUGUCGCAGCCCCUGCGCAUCUACUCCGCGCACGAUACUAACGUGUACCCCGUUAUGGCGGCGGCGCGCAUCACGCCGCGUCAGGGCGUGCCACCAUACUGCUCUUCCUUCGCGCUGGAACUGCGCAAGCGCACUGAUACUGGUGAUUAUGUCGUGCUGCCGGUGUACCAGAGCUCGCCGGACGCCGAGUUGAUGUACCUGCAGGUGGAGGGGUGCAGCGCGCUGCUGUGUCCGCUCGAUGAGUUUGUCUCCAUCACGAAGCCCUUCGUGCUGGACGAGGACACGUGGCGCGAGAAUUGCGGCUACACCGACGACCUGGUCAUCGAUGAUUCCAGCAUCAAUUAAAUCCUGAAUGUGAAAAUAAAAUAAAUGUGAUAAUAAUUAGUAUUUAGGCUGAUUACAUUCGAAUGAAAAAAGAUUAUAACAGUGAUGCGCUUUAUAUUGUGUAUAAUACUCUCAAUAGAAGUUUCCAUUCUUCAUCCCGUGAUUCCUACUCUUUCAUUGUAUUUAUGGUGUAUACGUUAUUAUUUUAAUAUAAUAAGUGUAGAUAGAUGAUAUUGUCUUAAAUUUUAGCUGUGUAUUUCAUUUUGAUCCAAGAAAUAAAGUCAUGGCCUAAUAUUGUACCACAUUAACAAAUCCAUAAUAUGGUAUAAUAAAUUGCUACUGUGCCGGUGUCGAAGGUUCCGACCGCACGGAGGAGUUGAUGCUCUGUAGACGCCCGCACAUCUCCUUUCCUCGCAAAGAUUUAAUGGAUUUAACUGGA